UUUCCCUCGCCCCUCGCGGUGACGGCGCGGCGGCAUCAGCACUGACGUGAGGCGACGCGCGGGCUCGGCCGGCCCAAUCCCUCUUCCCCGCCUGCUUUUCCUGUGACGGGGGCGCCACGUACUCUGACAAAUGACCAUGGAAACAGUUGAACCACAAGAUGGCAGUGCAACAGACUCUGUUACAGAAAGUGAUUCUGCUAAUCUGCAAUCUCGAAUCGGCCAAAAUCAGAUCUCCACUAUAGCUCAAGUUUCUGUAGCAGGAUCAGCAACUGGAAGAGGAUCUCCCUCUGUAACCGUAGUGCAGUUUCCUUCUGGUCAAACUGUCCACGUACAGGGAGUGAUUCAAGCCACACAGUCUUCGGUUAUUCAAUCGCCGCAGUUGCAAUCUGUUCAGGUAGCGCCAGCUACAAAUGCGGAUGAAUCUACAGAUUCCGAGGUUGUAAUUGAUUCUCAGAAGCGGAGGGAGAUACUUUCAAGGAGACCUUCGUAUCGAAAAAUUCUGAAUGAGCUUUCUUCUGAUGCACCUGGCGUUGCUAAGAUUGAAGAAGGAAAACCAGAGGAAGAAGGAGCACCCUCUGGAAUCCCUGCCAUGGCCGUGCCAACCAGCCUUUAUCAGACUAGCACCGGGCAGUACAUUGCUAUAGCCCAAGGUGGAACCAUCCAAAUCUCUAAUCCAGCAUCUGACAGUGUUCAAGGAUUACAGACAUUAACUAUGACAAAUUCAGGAGCUCCUCAACCUGGUGCUACGAUUGUACAAUAUGCAGCUCAAACACCUGAUGGCACUCAACAAUUCUUCGUACCUGGGAGUCAGGUUGUUGUCCAAGCUGCUACAGGUGACAUGCCAACUUAUCAAAUCCGUACUCCAACCACAGCCUUACCUCAAGGAGUCGUCAUGGCAGCUUCCCCAGGAACACUGCAUAGCCCGCAGCAGCUAGCGGAAGAAGCAACACGUAAAAGAGAACUAAGGCUUAUGAAAAAUAGGGAAGCUGCAAAAGAAUGUCGACGAAGGAAGAAAGAAUAUGUGAAAUGUCUGGAGAGUCGUGUUGCAAUGUUAGAAGUUCAAAACAAGAAACUUAUAGAAGAGCUAGAAACUUUAAAAGACAUUUGCUCUUCCAAGACAGAUUAGUGUCGAUAUUGAAACUGUGAACUGAGUACAGCAUGUACAAAUGCUUCUGCAGAAAUGUGUAGUCAAAAGAAUUAUGACUUUUCCUUUCUAUCAUUUGUAUUCUACUCCACCUCUAACAUUCCUGAAACACUCUGCUGCUUUUUCUAGAUUAUUAAAUGAAACUUCACCUCACUUUUUCUCACUCAGAAAUAGUCAAAUGUUUUCAAAACACAGUGUAUCUUCCAUGUUUUUAGAGGAAGCAUGUGUAAGAGCUGCUCCUCUACCUAUAUUUGCAUUAUUUUCUUUAUAUGAGUGUCCCACUUGCACCAGUACUUUAAAUUGAUCAAAGAUAAUCUAACACAAUAAAAUGAAAACCACCCAAAGUAUCUCAGGAAGAUGUUAUAUAAACAUGUGCGUUGUUACGACGUACGUGUAUUAGAAUACUAGUUUACAAAUGAAUUUAUGGCAUAUUUUUGUAUUCAUUGCUUUGUGAAGAAAAUAUUGUAUUGCUGUCACUGAGUGCCAUGGUUGAAACUACUUUAAAUAGAACCAUGUUGCAUAAACUUUGUAGUGUUUGGUAUUUAUUUAAUCAUCUAUUCCAUAUUUUUAAAGAAUAAAACUAAUGGCAUAUGCUGUGAAAUAUUUUAUUAGACAAUUUACUGUCUUUUAUAUUUCACAAGCAUUCUCUAAAAUUGUCCCUGGAGAUUCUCAGUCACCCAGGUCAUGGUGUCUCCCCAAAGCACAACUGUAGCCUUUUCCCCCCAAAAGGCAACUGGACUUAACUGAAGAAGUUUUUUUUGAAUGAGAAGCAAAAAUCAAAGUCCAGUUGCCUUUUGAAAGAAAGCAUCUUUGAGAUUCUCCAGAAUUGUAGCUAACACUAAUU